CCGCGCCUUUUCCGGUGCAGCCGCGACACAGCCGGCACCGGCGGCCAGGGACCAGGGCGGAGCAGAGACGAGCGGAGCGGAGCGGCCGGGACACAGCCGGCACCAGGGCGGAACACAGCGGCCGGCACCCGGGCGGAGAGGACAGGACACAGCCGGGCGGCCACACCGUGACCAGACGGAGCUCCCGGGGCCGGACACACCCGGCGGACCCGCGUCCAUGAGCGCGGCGGCGGCAGCGGGACCGUGGUGACCAGAGGUCGGACGGGGCAGCUGCAGCUGCAGCGGAGCGGCGGCUGGAAACUUCGAGGCCUCGACCUCCAGUGAGUGAGAGCCUGAUCCCAGAGCCCCGGGGCCUCGGCCUGUCGCCGCCGCCGCCCCAGGCCGCCCAUGCCCGGGCCGGACCAUGGGCAAGGUGCUGUCCAAGAUCUUCGGCAACAAGGAGAUGCGCAUCCUGAUGCUGGGGCUGGACGCGGCCGGUAAGACGACCAUCCUGUACAAGCUGAAGCUGGGCCAGUCCGUCACCACCAUCCCCACGGUGGGCUUCAACGUGGAGACGGUCACCUACAAGAACGUCAAGUUCAACGUGUGGGACGUGGGCGGGCAGGACAAGAUCCGCCCGCUGUGGCGGCACUACUACACGGGCACGCAGGGGCUCAUCUUCGUGGUGGACUGCGCCGACAGGGACCGCAUCGACGAGGCGCGCCAGGAGCUGCUGCGGAUCAUCAACGACCGGGAGAUGCGCGACGCCAUCAUCCUCAUCUUCGCCAACAAGCAGGACCUUGGCGACGCCAUGAAGCCGCACGAAAUCCAGGAGAAGCUGGGCCUGACCCGCAUCCGCGACAGGAACUGGUAUGUGCAGCCGUCCUGCGCCACCUCUGGGGACGGACUCUUCGAGGGCCUGACGUGGCUCACCUCCAAUUACAAGUCCAAAUAGUAGUCUCUCAAAACUGGCCAAACUAUGUACCGAGAGCUGAGAUCCUGGCCCGUUUACUAAUCAUCUUUGAUUUUCUUUGACAUUUGUUGGCUUUGCUUUAGUUCAGCGCAUUUUUAACUUCCUAAUCUUGAGAACGAGAACGCAAUGUUAAGUACUUGCAAAGGUUUUUAUUUAAACCGUUUGCCAUGAUUUGAAAUGACUUCCUCUUUCUGUAUUAUGGUUCGAUUUUGGGUUUUUCCAGCACUUGAAACUGUUUAGACUUCCCUUUUUAAUAGCUUGCUGGUUUUACAUUAAUGGAAAAUUGUCUGAUCUAUAUUUCAAUUAGUAAACAUGAAAAUUUAUUUGAACAAACUAGUCACUGUAUAAUUUGUCUUUUUUUUUCUCUAAUCAUAAAUGAUUUAGAACCCUGUCAUUUAUACAUUUGAAUGUGGAGGUUUUGAGUAAAAUGUUUCAUUUAUAUGCUGAGUAGGGAUUAAACAUAUGGAUUACUUGCAUUUUUCUGUUUGAACAGUUUAACUAUUUUAUAGCAACCAUAAGGAAAUGUUUGCCCACCAGUGGAAAAAUUGCAAGUAAUUGUGUAACCCAUUUACCUAGAAGCUCCCACAUAUAUAACAUACAUAUAUUAAGUCUUCUGGAUUGUGUGGUAUUCAGAAUGAAAACUAGAAUGGCUCCUGUUCCCAAAUACAACUAAAUUGAUCAAGAUUCAAUGCCUGCAGAACCAGCAAUUUGCCAAAAUGUCAAUUUGAAGGAGAACUGAAUUUCCCAAAUAUUUAUUAAGGGUUGGUGUUUCUGCAUUCAAUCACCUUUGGCAUUUGUGAAAAUUGGUCUUUGUUUUCACUGGGUCAGUAAAGGCAACCUUUUCGGCUUCAUAUAAAGCAGCAACAGUUUAAUAUAUGCGUGUGACAUUGAGUGCAGUCAUUUGCAACUUCCUGUGCCUGUGGCUUUCUGCAGAACAGAACAGAGGUUUUGGGAGAGGCUAAGCCGGCUUUUACAGUUGAUGUACAAAAAGUUGCUUUUUGAUGCCAAUGUAAAGGCUUUAAAACAGAUUUGGGACAAAGAUCCCUGUCAUUAAUUUGAUGCCUUUAACCAGAUCUACUGCAGUCAUAGUCAUAUGACUCUGACUGUACUGUGGUCGGGUAUCAUUUUAGUUCUGUAGUUCCAGUUUUAAUAUUUCGGCUGCAUAGAUAUGAAUGUAUUAAAGGUGACUGGAAAACACCUGUACGCUCCCUGGGCGUUGGAUGAGAGCUCACAUUAUACUUUAGGUGAUUGGGGGUAAACCUAUCAUUAACGUAUAUUCAAUUGCAGUAGAGUUUAUGGACAUUUAGUGCUGCUUGAAUAUUUUCUUCAUGUUGGGAGUGGACAUAAAGUGGUCCGUGCAGCAUGGAAACAGACCAAUUGGCCCAACUCAUCCAUGCCAACCAAUGGACAUCCUUCCACAUUAACCGCAUCACCAGCACUUGGUUCAUAGCUCUCCGAAUAACCAGUUCAGGUGUUCAUUUAAACACUUAUUUAACGCUCUGGUGAACCAAGCUUCAACACUGACUUAGGCAGAACUUUCCAGGCGCUCUUUGGAUGAAAAUGUCCUCUUUAUUCCUUCAGAAUCUCUUCCCCUCUCCUGAAACCUUUGCCCCCUAGUUUUAUCUACCUCUGAUAUGGGGAAUGCAUUUCCUGCAGGCUAUCCCAUCUGAUGCAAUUUUAUGAAUGUUUAUUUAUCAUAUUGUGUGAUUUAACCUGCAGGUAUCGGGACAAGAUUUUUCUGACCUCACUUAGUUAUUCAAAUGACACUUUAAGAUGCUUUGCAGUAGGGAAUAGUCUUAAUUUGAAAUCGCUUUGUAAUCUCAGUUUGUUAUUGAAAAUGAUUGAGGAAACAUUCUGCUCAGAAUCAAAUGUUAUCCUUUUGGAGGGCUACUACAGAGGGAUGGAUAUGUGUGGAUUCUGAUGUAUUCAAUUGUAUUCUAAUUUUGCAGUCAAAAUAUCUACUUGCCUUUAUCAUUCUCAGGUUAAAAAAAUCAUUGGACUUCAGCACAGCAUGCAUGUUGAUUGUACGUUAAUGAAAAAAUGCUUGGUGCAUUUCAAUUAGUAAACUUGAAAGUUUAUUUGAACAAA